GCGUUCUUGGGACAACUGCUGCUGUCCGACGAGGCGGAGGACGUGGGGGUCUCCCUGUGAUUCUUUGGGGCCUCUUGCAGUUCUGGAAUCCCUUCAGGUGCUAUUCAUAACUCGACCAGAUAGAAUGGACACACAAGAGUUGAUUCUCUGCUGCCUUCCAAGUUUAGAAGUUUCCCUAUUGAAGAACUUGUCCAAUAUUCCAACUGCUCCUUUAUUAUGUUUUCAAUGAAUGAUGGCCCAGAGAUCGCCCCACUAUGUGCAUCAUUGACCAGUCAUUAACUCCCUUGGUGUUACUUUGUUGACAUGCGCACAUCCAGCCUUCCUAUUUACCUCAGCUGUCAGGGCAUUCAAGGAGCAUUCCAGAAUCGAACUGAAAGACCCGUGGUUUGCCCAGAUUUUUAUUCCCCCACCAACGAGAUUUCAAAUCAAGAUUAAAAGCAAUUCUUCUGGACUACAUUUAAUUCGAAACAAUAACAUUGUGAAGAAGAAAAUGUGAAUAUUUGAAAAUUCAAGAGUACCAAAGUCUGUUCUUCUUCAGAGCUACAUUCUGGAUUUAAACCUUGCAUGUGUGUUUUGUUCUCUUCAACUGUAUGUGUGCCUUAUUCAAAAGAUCCAUCAAGGCAACAAUGAAGCAAAACUUGACUCUUCCAACGCCUAGUAUAUCAACACCUGUGGGAGGUGACACUGACUCACCGACACGCCAGCUGAGAUCGAUGUCAGUGGCAGUGACAGCAGUGCCGUCACCGCUGGUCGUAAACCCUGCUUCCACACGACCUAGGACCAACAGCUUACCAAACCCUGCUUUUUUGUUGGGAUUCAGUGGUUGCAGGGAUCCCAGGACUUGCUGUGUGAGUGUCAGGUCUUUUACCACCACUGCCAAAGGUGUCAUCAAUGCUGGCGACAUUGUCAGAAAGACCAGUGUCAAUAGUUUGAUGUCAUCUGGCAGUGCCAGACAGCAAGAUCAAAGACGUCAAUCUAGCGGUCAGGCUCUAUUAGCUGAGGCUCAGUGCCAUGAAAAAGAUACUGGUGGUGCCGCCAGCGGCCUUGACCGACAAAGAACAUUAAGUCUUGCUUCAACGGACAGCUCUUCCAGUUCCGGUUCAUCGCCUUACGUCACGAACACGUCGACCGGACGAAAGUCUGGAGUAGCCAAUCCAUCGUACUUUAGAGUGGCCAUACAGGGGGAUGAAGGAGUGGGCAAAACUGCACUGACUCGACAGUUUAGUAGCUCAGAGUACAUGGGAACAUAUGACAACAUGACGUCAAGUGAUGGAGAGAUGACCUCGACUACCAUUGUUCACGUCUUACUGGACGGCGAGGAGUCGAUCAUGGAGUUUAUUGAUGGCGCAAAUGCUUAUCAGAUGGAUGACAUCAACGUGGAUGCCUACAUUGUGGUCUUUUCCAUAGUGGACCGCAAUUCUUUUCUGGUGGCCAAGGACCUAGCUCGACAACUGAGAGUCAACUUGGGCACAGAUCGGGCCAUUAUUCUGGUUGCUAACAAAACAGAUUUGGUCCGAAAGAGACAAGUGUCUGUUGAUGAAGCUCGACUCAUCGCCUCAGCAUUUGACUGUAAAUACAUAGAGACUUCAGCAGCACUGAAUCAUCAAAUAGACGAACUCGUGGCGGGCACCUUGGGCCAGAUUCGUCACCAACUUCUUCCUCCAGGUUCAGCUUUGAUGCCCCCGCCUCCGACCAAGUCUCGAAGCAGAACUCCUUCCCCAGUGUCAUUCUUCAACAAACUCUUUCGUCGUAACGCGAAAGGAUCCGCUUCCUGCGAGGGCAUCUUCAUGAAGUAGAUGGAUUGUGGGAUAGCGCGCGUCUUGCAGUGUUUUCUUCCAAUCAGACCAAUCAUCUUGCUUUGUUUUCAGUUCGAGUUUUUAUUUUGUUGCGUGUUGCCUUUGUUGAUAGCAUCAAAGGUGGACUCAACAAACUGAACAUACAACUAGUUUGUGAUGUCAAGUGAUAAACAGCAUCCAAGUCACAUGACUACUUAUCCUAGCUGCUACUCUUUGCUGACUGUCAUUUUGACUCCCCUGACUAUGCUUGCUCUUCCUGGUCACAUGACAGGUCAGGUGACUUGACAAUUGUAUGCAGAAAAGAAAGUGAAUAUUUACUUUUAAAAAAAAAAAAUGUUGAGCAACAGGAUUCAACAUUUUGCACUUGAAAUUGAUCCUCAGUCAUUAUAGACACACCUCCGGAAGUAUUGAUCCUCAGUCAUUAUAGACACACCUCCGGAAGUAUUGAUCCUCAGUCAUUAUAGACACACCUCCGGAAGUAUUGAUCCUCAGUCAUUAUAGACACACCUCCGGAAGUGUUGAUCCUCAGUCAUUAUAGACACACCUCCGGAAGUGUUGAUCCUCAGUCAUUAUAGACACACCUCCGGAAGUAUUGAUCCUCAGUCAUUAUAGACACACCUCCGGAAGUAUUGAUCCUCAGUCAUUAUAGACACACCUCCGGAAGUAUUGAUCCUCAGUCAUUAUAGACACACCUCCGGAAGUGUUGAUCCUCAGUCAUUAUAGACACACCUCCGGAAGUGUUGUGUACAAGAUAUGCUCACAGAUGGAGCCUAAGGGGCCUAAUGUUAUAGGAACACAUAGCAACAUGUCCACAACAUGUCAGUUAUAUAUCAAGCCGACUGCAGACUUGCCACUAAUAGAUCUACAUUCUGUGUCAAUGAUUGCAUUAGUCAUCGGUUAGUUAACUGUAACCUCUAACGGUGGCAACUUCUAGCAUAAGAGUUACCUCUUUCCAUUGCACUGUGCUAAAGGUUUACAUUCUAGUUGAACUCUAUGGUUGAUGGUGAUUCUGUUUUAAAACAAGAUUGUCAUGUAUUUGUACUUUGUAUGCAUUGAAAAAAAGGGGAAACAAUUUUAAGAUCAAUAAAACAAUAGAAUUGUAUCUAAGGCAGGGGGAUGAAGAUUAUAAAUAUAUUAUAUAUAUAUAUAUAUAUAUAUAUAUAUAUAUAUAUAUAUAUAUAUAUAUAUAUAUAUAUAUAUAUAUAUAUAUAGCAAAAAUGUUUGAGUUAUCUAAUUAAUUAACAAAUUUCUUUAAUUUUUAAUUUAAGUUCACGUCAGUAGCCUAGUUCCUCUGUGGGUAGUCCAUGAACACUAUGUUUACGGUACAUUUGUUUCAAAGAAUGUAGAGGUAUAAGUUUUUCGGUCAAUAGACUUAUAUGUGUUGACUCAUCAGAACAUUAACAAAAGAAAAAACAACAAUAUACCUGAGAGAAGAUGUAGAUCUAAUGGAGACAUCCAACUGAAAUAAAAAUGUAUUUAAAAAGACAUUAACAUUUCUUUAUGUACUCUAAAAGCUAAAUCUGCUAUUUCCAUUCUUAUAUUGCCUUUGUAUGCUGUAGAUAUUGUUGUACACAAGAAGUGAACUCAAAUUUAUGACUCGUAUUGACCUUCAAACUCUCUUAAUGAAUAGGAUACCAAAAUGAAAUGAGUUUGUCUUGACCUCAUUAUUUUAAUGUACAUUUCCUCUUACCAACCUCCACACGGAUCUUAAAAAUAGCUCUAAGAAUAUUCCUAGAAAUUUUACAGUUUAUGCUUAUUAUUGGGAAAAGCUAAUUGGCCAGACGGGAAAAAGUCUCGUUUGACCAUUAUAAUUUUCCAAACUAUAAUCUUUCCAAAACAAAAAUUUGGUCUGGAGAUCUAGACAAUUUAUAAUUGUAUAUCAUAAACCUAGGUCAGCGGAUAUUCCCUGGAUAAACAAUGUUCCUUUGUUAUAUCUCAAUCACUGAGUUAAUGGGCAUCAUUCACCAAUCGUAAACAAACAACAUUUUGCCACGUGGUUCUCUAUAUCUUCUAUACAAAUUACGCAAUCCAUAAAGGCUGUCACGUGAGACGUAGUUUCCAUUGUUUUAUCAAUAUUAUCACCUGGCCAAAUGCUGUUUGUUUACGAUUGGUGAAUGAGGUCCAUUGAAUAUAGUUAUCGUUCCUUCCCAAUGUGACCAGCUUCAUGAAGGAGAUAUUGUCUCUCUCUCUCUUAAUGGUUUACAAUUUGUUUUUACAAAAAGUCAUCCGUUGUUUUUAAUGUUAUUUGAUUGUCAUUCUUUAUGUCAGCUUGUUUAGACCAUGUGUUGGAGAUCAUUGAUUCUGUACAGCUGACAUGUGCUGAAGUUUUUGUUCUACAUUUAUGCCAAUGAUAGAGACGAAGUAAACUAGAGGAUAGACUCUAAGAAUA